AUGGCAGAAGGUGGUACCCGACCGGCCUCUCUCGACCCUUCGUCUGUAGACAGAACCAAUCUGUCGGACUCGUACCUGCUCGAUUGUCCUAUAUGUCUGGANCACAUCGUCAAUGAUGUGUCGGUGACGAGCGAUACGGCGACUUCCUUUACCUGCCCGGUAUGUAGGACGUUAACUCACCCUGUGGACAAAUCAGAGGACAAAGAAAAAUGGGCCACGCAGUUUCCAACUGACAGUGUUGCAAUCAAGAUGAUACAGCUGAAAAACAGGACGACAGAACCACAUUACUGCAUGCCCUGCCAGAAGAAAGGGAAGAUGACGACAUCUGCUCAGUUCUGGUGUAAAAGUAACCAGUCGUUAUUCUGUCAGUCCUGUAAGACGGAUUUCCAUGAUAUGAUUCACAUCAACUGUGACAUCGUAGAUAUAACAGAGUCGAAGAGUUUCCUACUAAAGCAGUUAACAUCUGACAAGACAUGUGAUAAACACAAGGAAAAGAUGGAUUACUAUUGCUUGGACCACAAAACCAUCGGCUGUUGUAAAUGUAUCACUGUUGGCCACAGAAAAUGUGAAGAAGUGGCGACUACAGAGGAUUACUGUGAGAAACUGGAAAGCAGUUCCCGGUUAGAGGAAAUUAAGAAAUCUUUACAGCAAGGGGCAGAGGAUAUGGAAUCUCUGAUAAAGGAUUUUUAUCUACAGCUUCAGAACAUUGCUGACGACAAGGACACGGCACUGAAAAGCAUCGAAGACCUGCAUGAACGGAUAAAUAUAUGUAUCAAAGACAUGAAAAAAGAACUAACAGAUGACUUGGUCAGAGCGUACAAAGAGGAGAAAGAAAACCUGAAGCUAUCUAGUCAGAAAUGUGAACGGUUAAAGGUUGCUAUACAGAAUACACUGGAGUCGUCCACUACAGCGAUGCAAGGCAACGACCACAUGGAAACAGUCCUGCUAUACCAGAGAGGUCAGACGGAGGUCGAAUCCUGUAAGGGUUUGGUGAGAGAGAUGCGGAAAUCACUUUCAACUAUCACUAUUGAGCAUAAAACUGACCAUGAUGUGACAAACCUGGGCAAAGUUUUGAAUUUUGGGAAAAUCGUUGUCCGAAAGCAGGGGAGAAUUUCUCCAUCUGGUACAAAGACAUUCGCGAAACCUUUAUCCGAAUGUGAAGUGAAGGAAGUAAGAAAGGUCAAUAUCAAAUGUCCAUCCGAUACGUCUGAUUGUGCUGCACGGGGAGUUGUUUACCUUGACGACGGCAGAAUUGUGGUGAGUGAUUACAGAAACAAGAAGAUCAAGCUGAUCAACACAGAGGGAGAUAUUGUAGACGAGCUGAAGAUGGGUGGAAAUCCCUAUGAUCUGUGUAUGGUGGACAACUCCACGGUGGCGACUGCUAUAGACAAUCCUGGUGGUAUACGUAUACUGACAGUCACUCCCUCCAAACUUACCCUAUCGUCUGAAAUAAACACAGAGAUGCCAUGUUACGGUAUAGCGUAUAGAGAUGGCGGAUUCGUCGUGAGUUCAGGAUCCGAAGUUUUCAGUGUGAUCAGUGAUGGUACAAAAGUAACGACACGGAAACUAUAUGGGAGUACAGAUACAGUAUUUGCUUUGUCUUAUGAUUCAAAGUAUGGACGACUCUACACCACCCAUUACACCGACAGUACUGGCAGUCAGGCUGUUGGUAAGUUGUCAGCUGACAACAAACACUCUGACGUGUUGAAGGUUGGUGUAGUGAGUAGAGCUUAUGGAGUGGACGUAGACGUGGAAGGUAACGUCUAUGUCUGUGGUUUAGACUCCAGCAACGUGGUACAGAUGUCCGGGGACGGGACUAACGUCCGGGAACUGUUAACGGCAGCGGACGGUAUCACCUACCCUGAGGCAAUAUCUGUAUGUGGGGAUAGGCUUGUGCUGACCACAGUCUCCUUCAAACAGCGUAACUUUAUCACAGUGUUUCAACUUAUUUGA